AGUGUAUAUCACAAGUAGUGAUGACCAGUUGAUUGGCAGAGAAGCAAAGAAAUGCUCUGCUGCUUCACACCCAAAUUUCCUUUUCCAUUUCCCCUUGAUCUUUCAUGUAUUAAACCCCCCAGAAGUUAGAGAGAAAUGGAGGCAAGUGCAGGAAUGGUUGCUGGAUCACAUAAGAGGAAUGAAUUGGUUCGAAUUCGCCAUGACUCUGAUAGUGGGCCGAAACCCAUUACGCCUCUGAACAGUCAGAUUUGCCAAAUUUGUGGUGAUACUGUCGGAUUGAAUGCCAUUGGUGAUGUCUUUGUUGCUUGUAAUGAGUGCGCAUUUCCUGUUUGCCGGUCUUGUUACGAGUAUGAACGCAAAGAUGGAAAUCAAUCAUGUCCCCAGUGCAAGACAAGAUACAAGAGAUAUAAGGGGUGUCCACGAGUGGAUGGAGAUGAUGAUGAAGAUGAUGUUGAUGACAUCGACAAUGAGUUCAAUUAUGCCCAAGGCAAUAGCAAGGCCAGACGCCAAUGGCAGGGAGAAGAUGCUUCUUUGUCUUCAUCCUCCAGACAUGACCCUCAGCACCCAAUCCCUCUUCUCACAAAUGGGCAGUCUGUAUCUGGCGAGAUUCCAAGUGCCACGCCAGACACACAAUCUGUAAGAAGUAUGUCUGUACCCCUGGGUCCAGGAGACAAGCAAGCAUCGUUUCCUUAUGUUGAUCCUAGAUUGCCAGUUCCUGUAAGGAUCGUGGACCCCUCAAAGGACUUGAACUCUUAUGGGCUCGGAAGUGUUGAUUGGAAGGAGAGGGUAGAAGGUUGGAAACUAAAACAGGAGAAGAAUAUGACUCACAUGAACCAUAGAUACACAGAAGGGAAGGGGGGAGACAUUGAAGGGACAGGAUCAAAUGGAGAAGAAUUGCAAAUGGCUGAUGAUGCUCGUCAACCUCUUAGUCGUGUGGUGCCAAUUCCUUCAUCCCACCUUACCCCAUACCGUGUUGUAAUCAUACUGCGGUUAAUUAUCUUGGGCUUUUUCAUGCAAUACCGUCUAACUCAUCCAGUGAACGAUGCCUAUCCUCUGUGGCUAGUCUCGGUCAUCUGUGAAGUUUGGUUUGCCUUAUCCUGGCUUCUGGAUCAGUUUCCAAAAUGGUCACCCAUCAAUCGUGAGACAUACCUUGACAGGCUGGCUUUAAGAUAUGAUAGAGAAGGAGAACCUUCACAGUUAGUACCUAUUGAUGUUUUCGUUAGUACAGUGGAUCCCAUGAAAGAACCUCCUCUGAUUACUGCGAAUACCGUGUUGUCCAUCCUUGCUGUGGAUUACCCGGUCGACAAGGUCUCAUGUUACGUUUCAGAUGAUGGUUCAGCAAUGCUAACGUUUGAAGCCCUUUCUGAGACUGCAGAGUUUGCAAGGAAAUGGGUUCCGUUCUGCAAGAAGUUCAAUAUUGAGCCUCGGGCCCCUGAGUUUUAUUUUGCUCAAAAGAUAGAUUAUUUAAAGGACAAGAUUCAGCCUUCUUUUGUGAAAGAGCGCAGGGCAAUGAAGAGAGAAUAUGAAGAGUUCAAAAUUCGGAUCAAUGCACUUGUUGCAAAAGCACAAAAAAUGCCUGAAGAAGGUUGGACAAUGCAAGAUGGAACCCCUUGGCCUGGAAAUAACUCUAGGGAUCAUCCAGGAAUGAUCCAGGUCUUUUUGGGGCACAGUGGAGGCCUUGAUACAGAUGGUAAUGAACUUCCUCGUCUGGUUUAUGUUUCUCGUGAGAAGCGCCCAGGUUUUCAGCACCACAAGAAAGCCGGAGCUAUGAAUGCUUUGAUCAGAGUUUCUGCUGUUCUUACCAAUGGAGCAUAUAUUUUGAAUGUUGAUUGUGAUCACUACUUCAACAACAGCAAAGCACUUAAAGAAGCUAUGUGUUUCUUCAUGGAUCCUGCUUAUGGAAGGAAGACAUGCUAUGUUCAGUUCCCUCAACGGUUUGAUGGCAUUGACUUGCAUGAUCGAUAUGCUAACCGGAAUAUUGUCUUCUUUGAUAUCAACUUGAAAGGGUUGGAUGGUCUUCAGGGCCCAAUGUAUGUGGGAACUGGAUGUUGUUUUAACAGGCAAGCAUUAUAUGGGUAUGAUCCUGUAUUAACUGAGGCUGAUUUGGAGCCGAACAUCAUUGUGAAGAGCUGUUGUGGCUCACGGAAGAAGGGAAGGAAUGGAAACAAGAAGUACAUUGAUAAGAAGAGGGCAGCAAAAAGAACAGAAUCUACUAUCCCAAUUUUCAAUAUGGAAGACAUAGAAGAGGGUGUGGAAGGAUACGAUGAUGAAAAAUCACUGUUAAUGUCACAGAAGAGCUUAGAAAAACGUUUUGGUUCAUCUCCGGUAUUUGUUGCUGCUACCUUUAUGGAAUAUGGAGGCAUUCCUCCUUCAACCAAUCCUGCAACUCUUUUGAAAGAAGCAAUCCAUGUUAUUAGCUGUGGGUACGAGGACAAGACUGAAUGGGGCAAAGAGAUUGGAUGGAUUUAUGGAUCUGUUACUGAAGAUAUUCUAACCGGGUUUAAGAUGCAUGCACGAGGAUGGAUUUCAAUCUAUUGCAUGCCUCCUCGGCCAGCAUUUAAAGGGUCUGCACCCAUCAAUCUUUCUGAUCGUUUAAACCAGGUGCUUCGGUGGGCCUUAGGAUCUGUUGAAAUUCUGCUGAGUAGGCAUUGCCCUAUAUGGUAUGGCUACAAUGGGAAACUAAAGCUUCUGGAGAGAAUAGCAUAUAUCAACACUAUUGUUUAUCCCAUCACAUCACUACCUCUGCUUGCUUAUUGCAUUCUUCCUGCCAUCUGUCUUCUAACUGGGAAAUUUAUUGUUCCUGAGAUAAGCAACUAUGCUAGCAUGUGGUUCAUUCUUCUCUUCCUUUCCAUUUUCGCAACUGGUAUACUGGAGCUUAGGUGGAGUGGUGUGAGCAUUGAAGACUGGUGGAGAAAUGAACAGUUCUGGGUUAUUGGCGGUACAUCGGCUCACUUGUUUGCCGUCUUCCAAGGUCUACUGAAAGUGCUUGCGGGGAUUGACACAAACUUCACAGUCACGUCAAAGGCAUCUGAUGAGGAUGGAGACUUUGCAGAGCUUUAUGUGUUCAAAUGGACGUCUCUCAUCAUUCCUCCAACUACAGUCCUUAUCUUGAACAUGGUAGGAAUUGUGGCUGGUGUUUCAUAUGCCAUAAACAGUGGGUAUCAGUCUUGGGGACCUCUAUUUGGAAGGCUCUUCUUCGCCAUUUGGGUCAUCGUCCACUUGUACCCUUUCCUCAAAGGUCUUUUGGGACGGCAGAAUCGUACACCUACCAUUGUUAUUGUCUGGUCCGUUCUUCUUGCAUCUAUAUUCUCAUUGCUUUGGGUGCGCAUUGAUCCCUUCACAUCUGACGCCACAAAAACUGCUGCAAGAGGUCAAUGUGGCGUCAACUGCUAGUGAUGUUUGAUGGUCAUUUGAUUAAGUUAAGCAGCAAAUGUUGCAUUGUAUGUAGUUUUAAAGAACUUUAAAGGCACUAAAACACAUGCAAGGCCUCAUAGUAAUGUUGUACCAUUGUCCUAUUGUCAGAAGGAAGUGUGAUGGAUGGAAGACAAGCGACACUUCUGUAUUUUUUUGCCUUCUGUUAAUAUAUUUUUUAUUGUCUCAAAUGUUCAGGCGCAAGUGCUAGAGCUUAGGUGGAGAAUUUUAAUAUUGAUUUUGUUGUCAUUGUGCAGUAUUGGUUUACGUUGAGGCUGUCACUUUCUUCAAAGGAUGAUGAUAUCAUAAUUUAUGAGUACAUGAAAUCCAAUAUCA